GUCCCGUGUCAGCCAUAUUGCAGUGAGACAGCGGUAUUUCUUUCAGUUCGAAUGCUUUUCUUGUAACGUUAGCUGUGUUUAAGAGUGGCAAUAAUGCUUUCAACAAGUUCAUAUGAUGCCAAUGGGAAAAUGAAAGAUUAUCACUAUUCUGGUCCAGUAGAGCACAGAUUCUCUCCCUAUUCUUUCAACGGAGGGACUGUGUUGGCUGUUGCUGGUGAGGACUUUGCCAUUGUUGCCUCUGAUACUCGUCUGAGUGAGGGUUACUCUAUCCACAGUCGGGACUCUCCAAAAUGCUACACGCUGACUGACACAACAGUAAUUGGCUGCAGUGGAUUUCAUGGUGAUUGCCUUACUCUGACCAAAAUCAUCGAUGCCAGGCUCAAGAUGUACAAGCACUCAAAUAACAAGAGCAUGACAAGUGGAGCCAUUGCUGCCAUGCUGUCAACAAUUCUGUAUGGGCGGAGAUUUUUCCCUUACUAUGUGUACAACAUCAUCGGUGGUCUGGAUGAGGAGGGGAAAGGAGCUGUCUACAGUUUCGACCCAGUGGGAUCAUAUCAGCGAGACACUUACAAAGCAGGAGGCUCAGCCAGUGCCAUGCUGCAACCCUUGCUAGACAACCAGAUUGGCUUCAAGAACAUGGAGAAUGUGCAGCAUGUUCCACUGACCCAGGAGAAGGCGGUGCAGCUGGUAAAGGACGUCUUCAUCUCGGCAGCAGAGAGGGACGUGUACACCGGCGAUGCCCUCAAGAUCUGCAUCGUCACAAAGGACGGCAUCAGAGAGGAGAUUGUUCCGCUCAGGAAAGACUGAUCCAACCAGCGUUUUGUUUUUUUCCCCCUCACCAAACUUUGCUCAUUAUUAUUGUCUCCUGACUGCUAUUUCCAUUGAAUAGUUUAUUUGGUCACACUGUUCUUUUUACAUUCUUUCUGAAAAUAAAAUAUCAGAAUGUUGACAAUA